AUGCUCUAUAGCCAUUUAAACUAUGAAAAGCUGUUAGAUCUGGCUGUAUACCGAAAUCCGAAUCAAUUAUGGCUGCUAUGGCACGAUGAGCCGUAUGCACCUGCACCUGUCUACAAUAAAUUUCUAUUUAACUGGACAAUAACUUAUCGCUUGGACUCAGAAGUUAGUGUUGCAGCUUAUGGAGUUGCGUACGUGAGAAAUGAGUCGAUAAAUCAAAUAGCAUUCGCAAAAUGGAUUGAUGAAAAUUACAAAAAACGACACAAUGAAGCUACCUGGUUCGUGAGCAAUUGUAAUUCACAGAAACGUCUUCACUUCUACGAACAACUCAAACAACAUUUUCCUAUAUCUGCUUUUGGAAAGUGUGUUAAAAACCAAACGAAUGAUUCUCAUAAAUGUGCUCGAAGUUCUCAGUGUGAAUUUGAAAAACUUUCUACAUCGAAAUUUUACUUAGCAUUCGAAUCGACUACAUUGAGACGCGAUUAUAUUACUGAGAAGUUUUGGCGAUCUUUAUCUCAUGGUGCAAUACCUAUCGUUCUUGGUCCGAAGCGUCAAAGCUAUGAACGAAUUGCUCCACCUAAUUCAUUUAUUUAUGCGCAAGACUAUAGUGAUCCUAUAACACUGGCUAAACAUUUAAAUGAUGUGGCGACAAAUCGGCAAGAGUAUGAAAAGUAUCAUGCAUGGAGAAUUAACUAUGAAACACGUUAUCUAAGUCGUGACGUUGAAUCGGUUCGAUUUUGUGAAUUAUGCUAUAAAUUGAACACGAAUAAAGAUCGUAUUUGGUAUACCGACGUAAAUAAAUACUUUUUGGAAAUAGACUAA